UCUCACGGUCAACAUGGCGGCCUUGUCGGACAAGGUGAUUGCACAAAGUUAUUCAAUCACUAGAAAGUGCCGUUGUAAGAUAAAGUAAUGUCUGUUGUUCGUCAUGAUACUGAUCCCGGUGAGCCACCUGAGGCUCUUAAAGUUAAAAAUGUGGAUGACCGUUCGACUCUUUCUCAAAACACUACAUCUGAUCCAAAGAAUGAACAGGCCAUAUCCGUGAAGAAUUCAACAAGUUGUGUAGUCGACAACAAUGGAGUCGCACAGCAGGUUGAAGUUCAAACAGAACAUCCGAUUUCUACUGAUGUUGAGCAGGAUGCCAAUCGAAAUGAAGAUAAUGGCGUAAGAACAAGUGACAGGCACUUGUUGAACUCAAAAUUAAGUGUUCAGAAAGAGAGCUCUGCUGACUGCGAGCUGAACAGCACUAGCUCUCGAGAACAACCUUCUCAAGAUCAGGAAGAAAUCUACGAGAUCCGUGAGAACUAUUUUCAUCAAGAAGAAAAGGAAGGUGUGAAUGAUUCAAAACCAAAAAGUUGCGAGGAGGAAGCCAAUGACACCAUAGAAGGAAUGGAAUUAGAAGACACCUACAAGUACCAAAUAUACUCUGCAGUUCAUUACAACUUUAAUUUUGUUCCACAACAAGUAACAGGAGCUUGGGAAGACUUCGAUGGCUCAGCUUCAAACUUUCUCAAGGGUUGCAAGUGGUCUCCUGAUGGUACAUGUAUACUGACCAACAGUGAUGACAACACCCUCAGGAUAUUUAACCUUCCUGUGGAAUUGUACAGUGGGAAUGCUGUGCAAGGAUUAUCAGAAAUGGUAUCAGUCUUACAGAUGCACGAGGGAGAGACAGUCUAUGACUACUGUUGGUAUCCAUUUAUGUCAUCACUUGAUCCUGACACUUGCUGUUUGCUGAGCAGCAGCCGUGAUCAUCCUAUCCAUAUGUGGGAUGCUUUCACAGGAGCAAUAAGGUGCACCUACAGAACCUACAAUCACUUGGAUGAAGUGGUUGCAGCAAAUUGUGUGUCUUUCAACUUAGAUGGCAGUCAAAUCUACUGUGGCUUUAACAAGAUGGUCAGAGUAUUUGAUACAACAAGACCUGGGAGAGACUUCCAGGAAAGACAAACUACAGUUAAAAAGGAAGGUCAUGUUGGAAUCAUCUCCUGUAUUGCAUUUAGUCCUGACAAUUCUGGAGUGUAUGCUUUGGGAUCCUACUCAAAAUCAGUUGGUGUCUACUCUGAUACCGAUGGUGAGCUUAUUUUUCUACUCCAAGGACAGCAGGGUGGAGUAACCCAUGUUAUGUUCUCUCCAGAUGGGACAAAGCUCUACAGUGGUGGGAGAAAGGAUAAUGAAAUUCUCUGUUGGGAUGUGAGAAAUCCUGGAAAAGUUCUGUAUUCCAUGAUGCGCUCAGUGGAUACGAAUCAGAGAGUUUAUUUUGAUAUUGACAGAUCUGGUCAAUACAUAAUUUCUGGAAAUGGUGAUGGUAUUGUUACUGUCUGGGAUUCAACUCUUUCCCCAGUUGAUGAUUCCUCAAACACAGAAGCUAUCUUGCAACCUGUUAUGACAUUUGUUGGACAUGGAGACUUGACAAAUGGAGCCUGUUUCCAUCCCAGUCUUCCUCUUUUGGCUACAACCUCUGGACAACGUCACUUUGUAGAGCCUGAGAAUGACAGUGAUGAUGAAAAUACGAUGGACCAAGAAAUGAAGAUGCACGGUGAUAACUCACUUAGAAUCUGGGCAGUUGGUGGACAGGAGGUGGGUCUGGAAGUGGGUCAAGAGUACAACUAGGACUGUCAGAAACCAAUGUCUCUCUUCAAGGGAACAUCCUCAGUAUGGUAUUCAGACACUGGGAUGAGAUCAGUGACAACGUAUUUACGUACAAGGAGUGCUUAUACUUGUAUGCGACAUCCUAUCAAAGAAGAAAGAGAGCAGAUGCAACUCAAAAGGCGGAAAUGGAAGGAAAAAGCAGGAAAUAAUGUGGAGUAGAAAAUUGUUUCUAGAGUAGAAUGAAACAUUUCUUGGCAGAGUAGAAAUUUGUAUGGACAAAUUUGUCACUAAAGGAAACUGAAAUAUUUUAAGGAAGAUCUCAGGCUGACUUUGCCAAACAUGAAAGCAAACUAAAACAGAUGGCUUGUUAUGGAUUCACAAAAUUGUCUGAGUACAACCUUGAGAAAAGAAUGUUACUUUGUGAGGAGAAAACAACAUAAACCUUCCAUGCAUCAAACAUUUCCCUAAGGACUAAAGAAAAAAAACCAUUGUUUACGUAAUCAAUCAUGUAUAGUGAUGUAGGUUCAUGAUCACCUAUAAUGUAGUAAAUACUAACACAGUAGAAGAAGACUAAGGGCUGUUUUGAUGUUAUGACAAAAUACAUACAAAUUAUUUGUUGCUGUCCAUUAAUACUCUUUGUAGAACAUAAGUUUCAUUUAAUUCUUGAUAUUGUAGAAAGUACUAAGAAGUUACUGAACCCUUUCAAUUCUAAGAUAUAGAUGUCAACUCUCUUUACUGCCUGAGGUAGAUUUUCAUACGCUUUUAGCUCUGGGUAUUUUUUUUAACAAAUCAAAUAUGACACUUUGGUAUAUUUUUUCAUUCUCCUUAUCACCAUACUGUUCCAAAAUGUAUUAGAUGUUGAAAGAAAAAAUUCCUUUUGGUCACAUCAGGGAAUGAAAGGAAUUGUAGAAGUUUGCGUUAGCUUCCAAGUUCUAGUUCUUGGAUUUCCUUUAUGAGUGACGCCUCUGCUGCCACCUUAUCAAGCUGUAAGGAGUUAAAAGAAAACUGUAGUCAGAUGUCACGUAGAAAAUUAAAAUAACUAAAUGGUC